AUGCAGACGUCUCAGAUAUCCGACAUGCACGCUUCCGAGAAACCAGACCAGGAGAAGCAGUUGUCUCCCGUGCGCACCGCUGAAUCUGUCCAUCAGGGUCAGAUUACAUCCGAUGAACAGGGGCAAGGGGACUUACACCGAGAUUUCAGUCCACGGCAUAUUCACAUAAUAUCCCUAGGCUCCAGCGUGGGCAGCGGGCUUUUCAUCGCGACUGGCAAGGCGUUAGCAACCGGUGGCCCCGGCACUAUGUUCCUGGCUUAUUUGAUUGUAUGCACUGGAGUUUGGUCCAAUCUCCAAAGCCUGGGUGAAAUGACCAUCGCUUUCCCUGUUUCUGGUAGCUUUGUCAACUAUGCCGGUCGAUGGGUUGAUCCUGCUCUGGCCUUUGGUGCAGGUUUUGCCGAAUGGCUCGGUUGGAUCGCGGUAUUCGCAGCUGAAGCUGAGUUCUUCGUCGUUUUAAUUGAGUACUGGACGACUGCAGUACCACACGCAGCUUUGAUCUCGAUUUUUCUAUGCAUCUGUCUCGUCGUCUUCUUCCUCCCAAACAAAUUCUUCGCUUGGCUUCAAUCCAUUGGAUCGCUUGUCAAGAUCAUUCUUUUCGUCUUCGUUAUCUUCCUCUCUCUUGCCCUGAUCGCUGGCGCCGGGCCCACUGGAUCUGUCAAAGAUGGAAGCUACUGGCGUGAAGGAAAGGCGUUCCAGAACGGAUUCAUGGGCUUUGCGAGUUGCGCACUUCUAGCUAUCUGGGCAGUUGGGGACCAGGUCUUCAUUGGCGUCAUGGGAGGAGAGGCCAGCUCGCCAAGAUACUCGAUGGCCCACGCGUCGACUCUGGUCCCAAUCCGUGUCAGCUUCAUGUAUCUGGUUUGCGUGAUCUUUAUCGGCAUCAUAGUCCCAUCAGACGACCCCCUUCUCCUUGGCGGAUCCGGCUCGGCAGCAUCGCCUUUCGUUAUCGCAACACGAAACUCGGGCCUAGCGGGGAUUCCAGACUUCAUCAACGUCUGCAUGAUCAUUGGCAUAUUGGCCAUUGCAUUGGAGUCGAUAUACCUUCCCUCUCGGAUCAUCCGUACCAUGGCUUUUCAAGGUCUGCUUCCCCAGGUUCUGGCGAAGUGCGACGACAAAGGCCGUCCUAGAUGGGCUCUUUUCAUCAGCGCAGUCGUGGGUGUUAUCUUGAGCUAUCUCAGUGGUGGAACCACGGCGUUGAAUUGGUUCAUUUCGAUCACCAGCGCCUCAUUUUUCAGCAACUGGGCUAUCAUUGCCUUCACGAACUUGAGGUUUCAUGCUGCUUUGCGAGCACAGAACGACAAGUUAUUUAGCCAAAACUUCGCCUGGAAGUCUAUUGCCUGGCCGUUUGCACCCAUCUGGGGUCUUAUUAUAUCCUCAAUGCUUAUGGUCUGUCUGGUUUAUGCGGCUAUUAACCCUUCGAACGAUUUCUCGGCCGAGAACUUUUUCGAGUACAUGAUCGGCCUUCUGAUGAUCGUGGGUGCUACAAUUGGCUACAAGCUCAUUAGGCGCUCGCGUUGGGUCGAUCCAGCGGAAGCUGACUUGGUAACCGGAAGGCAUAUGCUGAGAGACGAAGAGAUUCAAUUUCUCAACGAAUACUACAGUAGACCUUUGUGGAGGAGGUUGAUGACUUACCUGUCAUUGGUUUGA